AUGGCUCCGUCAAAGUCGAUGUCAGCGUUGCAUGUGACGGACCUGAGAGAGAACACCCUGAGAGAGAACACCAGUUUCACAAUCACUGUACAUCCAGGUGGAUAUGUGGACGCCACUGCACUUGCAGGCAUCAAAGACGCUAGGGGUAAAGGCCUUAUUGUUCUGGACGAAGGGUCACGCAAUACUGCAAGUAUCAAGUCCGCCGUGUCAAACUUAGAUGCGGAGACUGGACAGCUUCAGUAUCGACAGCAUGCCGUUGAAGACCUCUUUGGAAAGUAUGGAUUUGCAGAGAAUGUGCAUCUCCUUACCUUUGGGUCUCUGGCAAAUGCGGGGCAAAGAAAAGCUCUAGACCGAGCAUUUGCAGAGUCUAUGUUGAUUUACAUGGAUGCUUUGCCUGUAAUUCACGCUUUUUCACGAGAUGCACCAAUGAUGACAAUGAUCAUGGGCGGCCUUAGUGCCUGCAACGCCUUACAGCCACAUUUCAUCCCAGUUCAUGACGAUCACGAUGUUUACGGUGAUGCAAAAUCAUUUGAUGAGCAUGUGAUACGAACCCACGCGGCCCUAGCUGUUGUCGGCUCAUCAUAUCCUGACCCAGCACAAGUUCGCCAUCUUGAUGAUCUUGUACUACUUCACUCCGAGCAUGGAGCAUGCAAUGCCACGAUUGCAUUUCUUCAUACCGCAUCAACACGAGCAGAUCCGAUAUCUUGUCUCUUGGCUGGACUAGCAGCCAUUUACGGUCCAAUGCAUGGUGGAAGUAACAUCGUGACAUAUCACCAACUAAAGACGAUUGGUAGCAUAGCAGGUAUCCCCGCUGUGAUCAAGCAGGUCAAAAACAAAGAGCGAAGGCUCUAUGGCUUUGGACACCGCAUCUACAGAACUAUUGACCCUCGUGCCACCCUUCUCAAGCAAUUCCUGCAGGACCGUGCCAGUAAAGGGGUAUCGAUCAGUCCGUAUAUGCCGGUUGCGUUAGAGCUAGAAAGAAUUGUUGAAUCGGAUCCGUUCUUCACCUCAAGGCAUCUCAAGGCGAAUACUGACCUAUACACCGUGCUAGCAUAUGAGUCAAUUGGCAUCCCGGAAGACCUAGUCUUCCCGUUCAUUUGCAUCUCACGUACAGUAGGGUUUUUGGCUCACUGGAGGGAAUUUAUGGGUGAGUAA